AUGACUCUCACCAGCGUUGAUUACGGCACCGGCCUGAUGGCCAACUGGGCCAACAUCGACCCCAGCUACCUGGUGAAAUACCAGCAAUGGCUCAACUGCGAGCACAUGCCCGAGCGGGUGUCGAUCCCGGGGUUUCUCCAAGGCCGGCGCUACCGGCUCAUGGACAACACGCUGCAUUUCCUGGCCUUUUACGAGACCGAGACGACCAGCGUGCUGGGCUCGGCCGCGUACCUGCAGCGACUCAACUCCCCGACACCGUGGACGCUCGAGGCGCUCGGCGCCUUCCAGGGCAACCCUGUGCGCAACAUCUACACCCGGAUCGCCGACGCCGGCAGGCCAGGCCUGUUCACGGCACCCUAUGUCAUCUCGGUGCGCUUCAAUCUGCCCGAGGGCCGCGAGGCCGUCUACGUUGCGCGGUGGGUGAAAGAAACGGCCCAACAUGAUAGGGUGGACCGGGUCAGGCUCUACAAACAGGACUCUGCUAUCGGCAACAUCCAAACCUCUGAACGAAAAAUCUACGGCGCCGGACCCGGGGAACAGCUCUAUCUCCUCCUUAUCGAGUGUUCAAAACCACCUGGAAGCUUGGGCGAGCUGUUCCAGGCUUGGGAUGCGCCGCUUGGCCCAGAGGCUCAGCGCAACAAUGAAUUGAUCGGUGCGUAUUGGUUAGAAAUGGCCCACGCGGCGUGGAACAAGUAG